UACUCUUAAUUUCAUUUAAACCUCGAUCUAACAUAACAUAAAGCCCGAAGCAAAUUGCAGCGACUCAAUAGCGAAAGCUAGGGUUCACUUCCCAGUGCCCACAUCUAUAACUCUCUCCACCACCAAAACCCUAAUCCAUCAACUGCAAUGGACUUCGACGAAUACGACUACUUAGAGAAGACGGUCGACGAGCCUGACAACCGGAACGGUUCAUCAUCGAAGACCAAAGACGACAAAGGUCACCGGCGGAAGCAUAGAGAAGACGAUGUUGAAGAUCAGAAGAAGAGAAGCAAAGCCGAUGAUGACAACGGUGGAAGCAGAAAGGAUAGAGAUAGAGAACGUAGCCGUGAGGAAAGGUCAGAGCGCCACAGAAGUCAUGGUAGGGAUGAGGACAGAGAAAGAGAUCGUCGGAGAAGCAGUAGGGAGAGGAGAGACAGAGAUAAAGAUAGGGAUAGGGAUAGGGAUAGGGAUAGGGAGAGGAGGAGCCGCAGUCACUCGAGGCAUGAACGCGAACGAGAGAAGGAUAGGGAGAGGGAGAGAGAAAGAGAAAGAGAAUUGGAGUCAAGAGAGAGCAGAUGGAUUGUUUGCACAUACUAAAAUGCGGAUUCUUUGUCAAGUCUUCACCGAAGAAAGUGAGGUUUCCACAAUAGCUUUAUAAGGUUGGCAAUGCAUAUGGUGCUGUCAGUCUUACGAAGUUUUUGUUCACUGGGAAGACAUUAUUGUUUUAACUCCAAACUUAUGUUCCUUGCUGUGAACCAUGGAUAGAAUUAUGGAAUAUCAACCUCUUGGAGUGUUCCAAUAUCAGAUUGUAGUGUUAUACACUUUUGCAAUGUUUAGAGUUAGCAUAUAAUUUUUUCCCAGAAAAGAGAGAAUUGUACUUCUAGCAUUUUUCGUUAGCUUAACUAAGCAUAAAUUUACAUUAUUAUUUUUUAUUUCAGAUUGUGAAUACUUUUAUUUUAGAAAGUUCGUUCGCCCGUACUUUUCUUGUAAACAAGUAUUUUGAAUUCAGUAGCAAUUUUUUUUCUUCUAAAAGUAACUUGAUGAUAUGCCGUUGCUUGAAUACUGCAUCAUCUUUGCUUGCCUGAUUAGUGAUGCGUCAAAUUGUGACAAGUCUAUAAAUCAAUUACGAGAAAGAAUGCAAACAAAGAAUUGGUUAUGAGCAAAUAUGAUAGUCAUCUUGUUUAUGAGAAGUCACUGUACAAUACAAGGUGACUUUUUAUACUUUUUAUUUGCUUGUGGAAUUGAUUGGGACUACUUUUUAUAUGCUUUGUGGAAUUGUUUAGGGACUAUGCUUACUUGUGUUCUACGAAGGAUCUGUUUUUGUUGACUAGAUUCUCAUUUUACAUUUUGUUUCUAUCAAGUUGAUGUUUUAGUUGCUUUACGAUGUUUUUAGUUAGUUCUAUGGUAUGCAUGCAUAUAAAUACCCGUCAAAAUCAUAUCUAAGUCAUAAGUUAGUUCAUGUUUCACUAGGAAAGCUAUUGAUGAAUUGACUGAUCAUCUGCCUUGUUUGUUUGAAAACCUUAGAAUCAUCAUAACAUUGUCGGUGCUAGUGCCCUUGUAACAUUGCAUGUAAAUAACACUUGGCAUUAAUGAUCCCACAAGGUCACGGAUGUUGUUAUUCAAAGGUUUGUGGAAGCAGAAUAGAUGGUCUUUAUUUGCAUUCUCAUUUGUGAUCGUGAAUAAAUCUGUUAAGUGUUAAUUAUUGCUGUUCAAAUGACCAAGGAAAUGUUAUGUGUUCACAGAUUCCUUGUGCACUUCAUGUUUCCACAAAAAGGAGGUUGAAGGAUAAGAAAGAAGUACUAGAGCCUGAAGCAGAUCCAGAAAGGGACCAAAGAACUGUUUUUGCUUACCAGAUGCCCCUGAAGGCAACUGAAUGGGAUGUUUACGAGUUCUUUUCAAAAGCGGGGAAGGUGAGAGAUGUGCGAUUGAUCAUGGAUAGGAAUUCACGACGAUCAAAAGGAGUUGGGUACAUUGAGUUCUAUGAUGCAAUGUCUGUUCCCAUGGCGAUUGCUCUAUCUGGUCAUCUACUUCUUGGGCAACCCGUUAUGGUUAAGCCUUCAGAGGCUGAGAAGAACCUUGUCCAAUCAACUGCUACAAGUGGAGCAGCAGGCGUUGGCGGACCCUAUGGUGCCGCUGAUCGGAAGCUGUAUGUGGGAAAUUUACAUUUCAACAUGACCGAGCUGCAGCUAAAGCAGAUUUUUGAAGCUUUUGGACCUGUGGAGCUUGUGCAACUCCCCACUGAUCCCGAGACAGGGCACUGUAAAGGUUUUGGCUUUGUUCAAUUUGCUCAACUUGAACAUGCAAAGGCAGCACAAAGUUUGAAUGGGAAGCUUGAGAUUGCGGGUCGGACAAUUAAGGUAUCUUCAGUUACAGAGCACAUUGCUGCACAAGACACUGGGGCAAAAGCAGCGGACUUUGAUGAUGAUGAUGGUGGAGGCUUGGCACUUAAUGCUCAAUCAAGAGCGAUGCUAAUGGCAAAGCUUGACCGCAGUGGCAUUACCUCAGGUCUCCCUGGAUCUCUUGGAGCACCUAUAGUUAACGGAUCUGUUCCGACGGCCCUACCUGGUGCUUUGCCGAUGAAUGUGCCAGCAGCUACACUUCCCGUUCCUGUUUUGCCAACCCAAAUUGUUUCUCCUGUUGCUUCAGAACCCAUUGGAAACCCAAGCGAGUGCUUGCUGCUAAAGAAUAUGUUCGACCCUGCUACAGAGGCUGACCCAGAGUUUGAUUUGGAUAUCAAAGAUGACGUGGAAGAAGAGUGUUCCAACUAUGGACGGGUGAAGCACAUUUAUGUUGACAAGAACAGUGCUGGUUAUGUGUAUCUACGAUUUGAUAGUGUGGAGGGAGCUGCACGAGCUCAACAGGCAAUGCACAAGAGAUGGUUUGCUCGUAGGUUGAUUUCAGCCAUUUUUUUGCAACCAUACGAGUAUGAUGCCAAGUUCAAAGGUACUGCGUGACGUUCGUCAUUUUAAGGUUUUGGUGUGAUAUAUAUGGACUAGUUACGUUUGUGACAAGAUAUUAAAUAAACGGUCUUUGGUUACGUGUGGUGUUUGGGAUUAUGAAUCUGUAAUUUAUUUAUAAAUCAUGGGUAUGUUGCUGGAAUGUAAUUUUACACAUAAUUGCAUUUUUUAAUACAAGAAAAAAAGGGUUAAACGA